AUGGCGGCGCCCAGUGCAUGUACACGGUUACUUCAGAGUGCUGAUCACACAUAUUCGAGUUGGAAGGAGACAAAAGACAAAUGUCAAGCUCGGGUUCCUUCGAUUUUCGGAAUAGAUCAUGGUCACAGUAAGGGAUCAGUAACACCAACCAAAACAACAACCAAAACAUCAAAGAAAAGAGCGAGAGGGCUCACGACUCCUACUGGAAAGACUCCAUUCCAGCUGGCAAAGAAGAUUUCCACAGUUGAAAAUAAACCACGGCAACACAUUCACCGGACAUCUAAAGAAAAAGACUUCCUGAUCAAUUAUGCGGCAAUGAAUCCAAGAGGCACAGAGACUGUUCAGGAAUACUGACAAAAAUGUGCUGAACAGAUAAAUGUGAAGUUCCACGGAAGCAACAGAAAAGGUAAAAGAGAUUAUCUGUUAACCUUAACUCUGUUUCAAGUUCUUUAUAUUUUUGUAUAUAAAUGCAACAAAACCUUUGAGCUUACAGAAACCUUUUAUUUGCUUUUAGAAUUUCUUUUUAAAAUCAUUUAUAAGCUAACACA